AUGGAAUACAAACCUAUUUCGAUUGCCACUGGUGGCCAAAUACCUGGAAGUCACCUGAGUGCAAUUCCUGGAAAAUUUUGCGAAAACUUAUUCAGUGUUUAUGGAACAACAGAAGUAGGCCUGGCAGCAAAGGUGUUCCUCACGGCCGAAACAGAAGUUGGAUACGUUGGAGAAUGGAUCCCUGGAUAUGAAGCCAAAAUUAUUGGAGCUGACGACAAUACUUUGGGCUGUGGUGAAAUUGGUGAAGUUGUGUUACGAUCUCCGUGGAUGUUGAAAGGAUAUAGGGACUCUCCAGAAUUAACCAAGGAUUCCUUCACUGAAGGAGGUUGGUUCCGCACUGGUGAUAUUGGAGUACUCACUGAAGACGGAAAGUUGUUUGUUAAAGAAAAGGCAGCAGAUGUUAUAAAAAGAGGAACAAGAAAGAUUCUGUACAGCGCUGUGGAGAUGGCAAUUAGUAAUUUCCCCGGGAUAAAAGAGACUGUCGUGGUAGCAGUACCGGAUGUACGUCUUCUGGAAGAUGUCUGCUCAUGUGUCAUCCUAGAAGAAGAUGCCAAUAAUUCAGAACAGAAGUUACAAACAAUGUGCUGGGAUAAACUUGGGGAUAAUAUUAUGGGGGAUUCUCCAACGUUUUAUCUGAUGUUUAAAACCUUCCCCCGUUUGCACAAUGGCAAAAUAGAUAGAGUAAAUAUCAAGAAAGAAUCCAUGGGAAUGUUAAAACUUUGA